AUGGUGACUCCUGGUAGACCAGCAGAGGCUGGUGGGAGCAUGAUCACUCCUGGUAGACCAGCAGAGACUGGUGGGAGCAUGGUCACUCCUGGUAGACCGGCAGAGACUGGUAGGAGCAUGGUCACUCCUGGGAGACCAGCAGAGACUGGUGGGAGCAUGGUGACUCCUGGUAGACCAGCAGAGACUGGUGGGAGCAUGGUGACUCCUGGUAGACCAGCAGAGACUGGUGGGAGCAUGGUCACUCCUGGUAGACCAGCAGAGACUGGUGGGAGCAUGGUCACUCCUGGUAGACCAGCAGAGACUGGUGGGAGCAUGGUGACUCCUGGUAGACCAGCAGAGACUGGUGGGAGCAUGGUCACUCCUGGUAGACCAGCAGAGACUGUGUCUCUGGCUAGCAGUACCCUGGGUCUAGCAGGUCAGGUUGUUCACACUGAGACGACGGAGGUGAUUCUGGUCAGUGACUCUAUCAUGGGGUUUGGCAUCCAGCUACAGGGGGGGGUGUUUGCCACAGAGACCCUGUCCUCACCCCCGCUCAUCGGCUAUUUGGAUCCAGACAGUCCUGCAGAGAGGUGUGGGAUUGUGCAGAUAGGUGACCGUAUCCUGUCUAUAAACGGGAUCCCUACAGAGGACAGCACCUUGGAAGAGACCAAUCAGCUACUGAGAGACUCCAGCAUCACCAGCAAGGUCUCGCUGGAGAUAGAGUUUGAUGUGGCAGAGUCAGUCAUCCCUAGCAGUGGCACCUUCCAUGUGAAGCUACCAAAGAAGCCUGGGGUGGAGCUGGGGAUCACUAUCAGCUUGGCCAGACUCCGUGUUCCGAUGUUCAGUGGCCAGGGUCCCUGCUCCGUGUUCCGAUGUUCAGUGGCCAGGGGCCAGGCUCCCUGCUCCGUGUUCCGAUGUUCAGUGGCCAGGCUCCGUGUUCCGAUGGUCCGUGGCCAGGCUCCGAGUUCCGAUAUUCAGUGGCCAGGCUCCGUGUUCCGAUGGUCAGGGGCCAGGCUCCGUGUUCCGAUGGUCCGUGGCCAGGCUCCGAGUUCCGAUAUUCAGUGGCCAGGCUCCGUGUUCCGAUGGUCAGGGGCCAGGCUCCGUGUUCCGAUGUUCAGUGACCAGGCUCCGUGUUCCGAUGUUCAGUUGCCAGGCUCCGUGUUCCGAUGUUCAGUGACCAAGCUCCGUGUUCCGAUGUUCAGUGGCCAGGCUCCGUGUUCCGAUGUUCAGUGGCCAGGCUCCCUGCUCCGUGUUCCGAUGUUCAGUGACCAGGCUCCGUGUUCCGAUAUUCAGUGGCCAGGCUCCGUGUUCCGGUGUUCAGUGGCCAGGCUCCGUGUUCCGGUGUUCAGUUGCCAGGCUCCGUGUUCCGAUGUUCAGUUGCCAGGCUCCGUGUUCCGAUGUUCAGUGACCAAGCUCCGUGUUCCGAUGUUCAGUGGCCAGGCUCCGUGUUCCGAUGUUCAGUGGCCAGGCUCCCUGCUCCGUGUUCCGAUGUUCAGUGACCAGGCUCCGUGUUCCGAUUGGCCAGGCUCCCUGCUCCGUGUUCAGUGGCCAGGCUCUGUGUUCCGAUGUUCAGUGACCAAGCUCCGUGUUCCGAUGUUCAGUGGCCAGGCUCCGUGUUCCGAUGUUCAGUGGCCAGGCUCCGUGUUCCGAUGUUCAGUGACCAGGCUCCGUGUUCCGAUGGUCAGUGGCCAGGGUCCUUGUUCGAUGUUCAGUGACCAGGCUCCCUGCUCCGAUGUUCAGUGGCCAGGCUCCGUGUUCCGGUGUUCAGUGGCCAGGCUCCGUGUUCCGGUGUUCAGUGGCCAGGCUCCGUGUUCCGAUGGUCAGUGGCCAGGCUCCCUGCUGGCCAGGCUGUGUUCCGGUGUUCAGUGGCCAGGCUCUGUGUUCCGAUGUUCAGUGGCCAGGCUCCGUGUUCCGGUGUUCAGUGGCCAGGCUCCGUGUUCCGAUGUUCAGUGGCCAGGCUCCGUGUUCCGGUGUUCAGUGGCCAGGCUCCGUGUUCCGAUGUUCAGUGGCCAGGCUCUGUUCCGAUGUUCAGUGGCCAGGCUCCGUGUUCCGGUGUUCAGUGGCCAGGCUCCGUGUUCCGAUGUUCAGUGGCCAGGCUCCGUGUUCCGGUGUUCAGUGGCCAGGCUCCGUGUUCCGGUGUUCAGUGCCAGGCUCCGUGUUCCGGUGUUCAGUGGCCAGGCUCCGUGUUCCGUGGUUCCAGGCUCCCAGCUCCGUGUUCCGAUGUUCAGUGACCAGGCUCCGUGUUCCGGUGUUCAGUGGCCAGGCUCCGUGUUCCGAUGUUCAGGGGCCAGGCUCCUGCUCCGUGUUCUGAUAUUCAGUGGCCAGGCUCCCUGCUCCGUGUUCAGUGGCCAGGCUCCGUGUUCCGAUGUUCAGGGGCCAGGCUCCCUGCUCCGUGUUCCGAUGUUCAGUGGCCAGGGGCCAGGCUCCCUGCUCCGUGUUCCGAUGUUCAGUGGCCAGGGGCCAGGCUCCCUGCUCCGUGUUCCGAUGUUCAGUGGCCAGGCUCCCUGCUCCGUGUUCCGAUGUUCAGUGACCAGGCUCCCUGCUCCGUGUUCCGGUGUUCAGUGGCCAGGCUCCCUGCUCCGUGUUCCGGUGUUCAGUGGCCAGGCUCCCUGCUCUGUGGGUAUUUACCGUAACGAUGACCUGGCUUUCAGGACUGGGACUCUGGAGCUGGGGGACAAGCUGCUGGUCACCUCUAAACCCUGGUCUGUAUGUUCCUCUCCCCAGGACUGGGACUCUGGAGCUGGGGGACAAGCUGCUGGACUGGGACUCUGGAGCUGGGGGACAAGCUGCUGGUCACCUCUAAACCCUGGUCUGUAUGUUCCUCUCCCCAGGACUGGGACUCUGGAGCUGGGGGACAAGCUGCUGGCCAUCGAUAACAUCCGGCUGGACAACUGCUCCAUGGAAGAUGCUGUUCAGAUUCUCCAGCAGUGUGAAGAACUGGUCAAGCUCAAGAUCCGCAAGGACGAGGACAACUCAGACGAACAGGAGCUGUCUGGAUCCAUCAUCUACACGGUGGAGCUGAAGAGAUAUGGAGGUCCGCUGGGGAUCACCAUCUCAGGCACAGAGGAGCCCUUUGACCCCAUCGUCAUCUCCAGCCUCACCAAGGGAGGACUGGCCGAGAGGUGGGACCCCUCGGUGGUGCUGGGUAGAACUGAGACAGGGGACCCUGGGGUGUGGAUAGCUGGCAGACGACAGGGCUGGUCUGGGACAGGGGUGUUUGCGCUCAUGGCCAGUCCCAAGCAGCCGUCGGUGUCUGGUCAUCUCAGUGAUGUGAUGCUGAGUGAUGUGGAGGACGAGGCAGGGUUAGGCGGGCUGGGAAACCAGGCAGAGAGCCAGAAACUUGGGAAGCUCUCUGACCUCUACUCCACCACCAUCCCCUCUGUGGACUCAGCCGUGGAGUCCUGGGACGGCUCGGCCAUAGACACCACCUUCAACACCCAGGCCCCAGGUUUCCAGGCGUCUGGCUACAGCUUCCACAGCCAUGAGUGGAGGAACGCCAAGCCCAGCCAGGGCAGCCUGUCCCCCGUCAGCACCCGCCAGAGACACAACGUCCUGGCAGACCUGGGCCUCAGCGACGACGAAUGGGACAGACCCACCGCCGGCGGAGCUUCUACACUGCCCACCGGUCUAAUCACUGACAGCAGGUUCACUGUGGGUCAUGACGGGACCGAGCCGGACCAGGAAGAGAACUUCUGGUCUCAGGCCCUGGAAGAUCUGGAGACCUGUGGCCAGUCUGGCAUCCUGAGGGAACUGGAGGCCACCAUUAUGUCAGGCAGCAGUCUGAGUCUGAACCAUGACCCUGCUCCUCUGAGGAGCCACCUGGGUCGGCAGGCCAGCUUCCAGGAGCGCAGCGCAGCCCGGCCUCAGUACAACCAGUCCUCGCGCUCCAACACCCUGCCCAGUGACGGGGGACGCAAGGCCUUCGCCAUGAGGAAGAUGAAGCAGGAGAUGAAUGACGUCAUGUCGCCCACACCCGUGGAGCUGCACAAGGUGAGUCUGUCGAAGGAGUCGGACCUUGAAGACUUUGGCUUCAGUGUGUCAGAUGGCCUCCUGGAGAAAGGUGUCUAUGUCAACAACAUCCGCCCAGGUGGACCUGCAGAGGUCGGGGGGCUGAAGUCCUACGACCGGCUGCUACAGAUCAACCACGUGAGGACCAGAGACUUCGACUGCUGUCUGGUGGUCCCUCUGAUCGCAGAGUCAGGAAACAAACUGGACCUGGUGAUCAGCAGGAACCCUGCUUCCUCCAGAACCGGGUCCCAGUCAGAACUCAACCAGCUACCCGCCGAGGAGCCUGUUAUCAACUGGACCGAGCCGGGGGACAGCCUCUCUGGCCCUCCACCCAACCAGAACCACAAUUCCUUGUCCAGGAUGGCUGCUGGAAUCGGGGUGACUGGGAUCGGGGUGGCGCUGGCCGGGAAGGAGUGUGCCUUGAUCAAUGAGCUUUGCUGCAAACAUUACUGCGACCACCGCACCAAAAACAACAAGAACCGACUAGAUUUCCAGCCGAGAGAUAAAGUCUGCUGUACAAAGAACGGCUACGUAUCUGACAGGGACAAGGAAGUGUCUCCUGAAGCAGAGGACUUGGAGAACAGCUACGUAUCUGACAGGGACAAGGAAGUGUCUCCUGAAGCAGAGGACUUGGAGAACAGCUACGUAUCUGACAGGGACAGGACCAAGCAGAGACUUCCUGGUCUGGACGGAGAGGAGAGACUGAGAGGGAACGGGGCCACACAGAGAGACGGAAGUUGUGACAAAAUGAAAAGCAAAGAGAAGAAUAAAGAGCGUCUGUGUAACGGAGAGAUAUUCUUUAUUAAACAUGACGUGACCGAGGAGGAGGCGGGCUCACAGCGGAGCAGGAAGCGGAGGUACUUGACUCUGGAUGACGGUGACGGACGGAUGCUGUGUGUUUCCUUCAGGGAGCUGCAGAGAGAAUGUAAACUGCAACACGCCUGGGCUAGGACCAUACACACCUUCCAGGGGUCGGAGACCGAGACCAUUGUGUACGUGCUGGGUAACGGUAGCGUCCAGACGUGGAAACACGUGUACACGGCUGUGACACGGGGACAGAAGCGUGUAUAUGUCAUAGCCAAGCAGGAGGGCAUGGCCUCGGCCAUCAAGAGACGCAUCAUCCCACGUAACACCCGGCUGGGAACCCUGGUCAAAGAGCUGCUGGUCCAGCCUGGGGCUGAGGGGCAGGACCAACCAGACCAGAACCAACCCCAGCCGGGCACACCUCGCAGGGCAGCCCCAGGCUUCGGGCCUACACAGACCACUCCUCUGGCCUCACAGACACCUAGCUGGUCUCUAAGGACCCCCUACAAAACCCCUAUAGCAGCACCCAGACUCCUCUCUACGCCCAGCCUAGCAGUCCCACUUCAGGCCAAUCCUGUUCACUCUCCGUCGGUCCUACCCAGGAAGCUGUGGAGAAAUGAGCCUCCAACAGCUCCUCAGGCAGAUGCCUCAGACACCUCUCUAAUGGACGACAUCACUUUCAGUCAGGCAUAUACCUGGUCGCCUAUGAACAGCAGCUCUGAGGACCCCUCUCAGGAGCAGCCUGGGUCGUGUGAGGAGGAGGAGGAGGAGGAAGGGAUCGAGAUGGAGGCUAGCAGCAGCGCUGUAGAGGAUGGACACCUGGGGAAGGGUUCACAUUUAGCUGCUCGGUCUGGGGUUGAGAGCACCCCUUCCAAGAGGACGCUCGGUCCUGACAGAGAGAAACAGAAUGUGACUCCUCAUAAACAGGUCAAGGUGGAGCCAUUCGAAUCACCGCUGGGCUGUUCCAGACUGGAGCAGCUCGCCCUCUGCACGCCCAUCUCCCACGGCAAACGGCUUUUCCAAGGUCCACCCUCCGAUCAGGACUGAACGUCUUCUCUCCCUGACCCAUUGAUAUCCUGGUAUAUUUUAUGGCCUGCAUUGAUUUUUUAAUUUUUAAAAAUUUAUUUAACCAGGCAAGUCAGUUAAGAACACAUUCUU